GCUAUUUCAUCACUAGAAGCAAGCUCUAUGCAUGACCCGGCUUCACUAAUAAUGUUUGUUCUGUUAGCCUUCAUGGUAAUUUACCCCCGUACAUUUAGACCCCAUCGCCACGUGCAUACACCCAAUAAACCACGAAGCUAUAGCUGCAGGUUGUGCACUGCCUGGUUUUCAGCCCAACCGGGGCCAAUCUGGGCGCUUUUGUGAUUCUGCCAUGCGGAUGUGAUAGUCGAGAAUAUUCACAUCUUUCCCUUCAACUCGGAAUAACCAACUCGGGAUGCCGAGCUCAAUCAACAACCUACUCUUGGUUCGCGACUUAUUCUGGUCAGGAUCUGCCAAACAAAAUAGUCCAACUCAUUGUGCGCAAUGUCCAGUUUUACGUACGGCUCGUUCGGGGACAUCAUAACCACGGCGCAGCUAGCUUGGCAAUUGGCGCAGGCGCUUAGCGAUAGCCAUGGCUCCUCACGAAGGUUGAAAGACCUGGUAAAUGAGCUGACCCAACUUUACAGCGCAAUUCGAAAGUUGACCGACUUCUGGCAAUCAAGAGCACAAAGCCUUGAGCUAGAGGAUCUUGCUGACAUCGCCAAGCCCGCCGUUACCGAAUGCCGCGAUGCGAUCGAAACAUUCCUUCAAAACCAAAUCAAGAGGUAUGGAAAGAGCUUGUUGCAGGCACAUGGGACUCGGAAGUCCUUCAUCGAUAAACUAAAACGCAUCAAAUGGCAUACCUUCGAAACACAACGAGUCGAAGAGUUGCGUGAGAAACUGAGGCGCAACAAAGAGACUCUAGAUAUAGUGCACAACCUGGCUCAAAGUUUGCGCCCGUUUCUCUCCAAUGGUUGCAAAUUGUUGUUUAGUGUGCUGAUACAAGCCGUAAAUAGUGCUAGAGAAGAACAGAAUGCUGCUCUUGUGCAAAAAAGGUUGGCAGACCUUGCAACCGCGAAUACAAAAUCACGCAUGCUUGUGCAUGAGCAACUUAAUGAGGUCAUGGGAGCCUUAAGAGACCAUACGAGAAAUGUAGUGCAGAUCGACCAAAAGCUUGACAUUACUCUGUCCGAAUUCCGAGCAGCAAACACGCAGGUGUCGAGCUUAGUACCAAGAAUUUAUAGUACCCUCAGCCUAUACAAUCAAGAUACGGCUUUCAUUGAGGAUUCACUGGGGUAUAGAAUCCCGAUUUACCUUGCCACCAAUCCAUCCUGGACGACUAUACGCUCAAUCAUGCAAGAUCAAUUCAGGCAUCGGCCGGGAACCAAUUUAGUAUCGGGCAACAAAUAUGUUUUGCAGGACGCCAGUACUGGCCGAGAUUUGCAGCCAGAUGUCGAGUUCCACAAAAUGGUACGUGCUGGUCAAACGCUGUCUAUGACUAUGAUCUUUCCCGGAAAUUGGAGUCAAUCAGGCAAUUUGGAGGGAAACCUGGAAAACGACAGAGACAACGUUUGUCCUAAAUGCCUUCAUCCACAGGCCGUGAAUAACACUGACAUGGACAUAACUUGUGGAAACGCCCAAUGUGGAUUUAUCUAUCGAAGGAUUCAGGAUUUCUCUAACACGAGUGAUGAUCAAUUAGAUGUUUGGUUGAAACAGAAUGAUACUCACGCAAUCCAAGACGAGGAACCCCUUCCUCUUGUCACAGACUCCCUUUCAGAGGAUGCUCAGAAUAUCGUUGCUGAGCGCUAUGAUCUAAACGGACCCGAGGUAUUCAAACGCGUUAGGUUCAUAACUCGCUGGGAAGAUCUCGAGGAGUCGCGCAAAGGGUUUUCUUGUACCGUUGGCGGCAUUGGAUUCUGGAGAGCCUCUCACGAGGGCUGGUGUGGGAUGGCAUAUCUCCAGGUCCUUGUUCUCGUGAUGGUGCAAAUAAGAGAGAUGAAGUUGAUAGCGUCCCGCGAGAACACGCUGCAUACGAAGAUGAAGAUGUGCUUGUACUUUGCGGGCUGUGACAAGCGCAACUCCAUACCCGUUUUGGUGGUUUUCGCCGAAUCGGCUGUCCAACGGAAACGCGUAAGAAAAGUGCUUGGACGCCUGAGUGCAUUCACAGAUUCACGCCUGCGGCUUCUCGUCGUCGAUCCGGUUGAAUUUCUUGCGGACAAGGCCAGGUGGGAGAGAAUCAAACUGCGUAAAACAACACUAUUAUCACACGAGGCUAAAAGGGUAGUACAAGGGAUUACGAAUCGCCGAAACGCAGGCUAAUACUUUUCUAACAAGAAAACAAAGAUCAAUUUGUUGUUGAGCAUGGGAUAUUUUUAGUGAACUCUUCAAGCAUGGCCCCCUUCAAGCUAUAGCCAUCUUUGAUCAGGGUAUUAUGUUACUGGGUAGCUCCUAACCAGUAGCUUUACCAUCAAACCUGUGUGACGUGGUAGCGGCACUAACCCACGGCUGCAUCCUAAGCCAAACCAUAUUCAUCC